AUAUAAACACACGAACCUCCCACCGUUCUUGACGGUAAUAGUCCUCUCACUAUCCAUAUCACCCUCGUCCACUCUUAACAACAAGACCAUCCUCGACUCGAAUCUGAAGUUCCUCUCCAUCUCCCACUUCAACACUCCACAAACCACUUACACCAACAACCGCCAUCUCAUACCCAGCCAUGUCGGGUCACCAAUAUUUCGACGACAGCUCCAGUGCUCCCUCGUCACCCGAACUUCAGUCCACAGGCUCCUCCUCCAGCCUCUCAAGUCUUCAGUCUCAAGCCUCUCCCAUCUCGCCGCCCCUGGACAACGCUGUCGCCGACUCCUUCGUCUUCGCUUUCGACAUUGACGGUGUCCUCGUCCGCGGUGGAAAGGCCAUCCCCGAGGCUAUCGAGGCCAUGAAGGUCCUCGACGGGCAGAAUGAAUACGGCGUCGCUAUCCCCCACAUCUUCCUUACCAACGGUGGUGGUAAGACCGAAGAAGAGCGCUGCCGCGAUCUUUCCAAGCAGCUGGAGCGUGAUAUCAAGGUCGGCCAGUUCAUCUGCGGCCACACCCCCAUGAGGGAGAUGGCCGAGACCUAUGGCACCGUCCUUGUCAUCGGUGGAGAGGGUGAGAAAUGCCGCCAAGUCGCUGAGGGCUACGGCUUCAAGGACGUUGUCACCCCUGGCGACAUCAUCAAGCACGACGCCGCCACCACUCCCUUCCGCAAGCUCACCGAGCAGGAGCACGCCAACUCUCGUGAGCGUGACUUCAGCGAGGUCACCAUCGAUGCCGUCUUCGUCUUCGCCGACUCCCGCGACUGGGCUGGCGACAUCCAGAUCAUGCUCGACGUUGCCAUGUCCAAGGGUGGCCGCCUCGGCACCCGCUCCGAGACCUGUGACGAGGGCCCUCCCUUCUACUUCUCCCACAACGACGUCGUCUGGUCUGCUGCCCACGAGCACGUCCGUCUCGGCAUGGGCGCUCUCCGCCGCAUGUUCGAAGUCACCUUUAAGGACCUCACCGGUGGCCAGGGCAAGCUCAACACCCACGCCUUCGGCAAGCCCCAGGUCUCCACCUUUGAGUUUGCUUCCCGCCUGAUGACCCAAUGGCGCAACACUGAGCACGGUCUUGUCGCUCCUCCUUCCACCGUCUACUUCGUCGGUGACACACCUGAGAGUGACAUCCGCGGCACCAACGCUGUCAACGAGAAGGCCGACAACGACUGGUACUCCAUCCUCGUCAAGACUGGUGUCUACCAGGAGGGCACUGAGCCCGCCUACAAGCCUCGCGUCACUGUCAACAAUGUCCUCGACGCUGUCAACCACGGUCUUCACCGUGAGAUGAAGAAGAAGGGCAUGACUGGCUUGAAGCAGGCCCUCCUCAAGACCAGCGAGGUCACCGACCAUGCCCGCAGCAUCCUCGACGAUGAGUGCGGCAUUAUGGUCUAAGCUUGAUCUUGAGAUCAGCUUGACUCUUUUUCUUUCUUACCUUUUGAAUUUGUCAUAGCAUUGCACGGAUCGGGACGGGAUACAGGAGUUUUUGAUUUUCUUUUUUAUCAUUUUCAUUUGUCGAUUCACGAGAAACGAUACAUUCGGUGCGUCUUGAGGACUGGCUAGAAACACCAGUUGGAUAGAGGACGCGCGAUGAUUGAUCACUCGCUCGUAGCAGCGAUGGCUUUCAGAUAGCAUACCUUCUAUGAUGCCCCUUAUACCCCUGAUGAGCAUCACAUCAACACUUCAAUACAAACACUUCAAAAA